CUAUUUAAACUCAUUCCAUUUCUUUCACCUGUUCGAGAAACAUCGUUGUGAAUUGUUGGCCAAGCAAUUGAAGAACAAUGGGUUGGGUGUGGAAAGACGACGACGUAUCCAAGGAUGAUUUUGAAAACCCUAGAUCAUCCUCAGGUGAUGGCGGUGAACGUUGCGCUACCAGGAAAGUUGUUAGCACUCGUUGCAAGACCGAAGAGACCGAGCCUGGAAAGUUUAUGAGGAAGUGUGAAAAGACUGAACAGACUUUCAAGGAUUGCAUUGGCAGGCCUUCUGAGAUGGUAGAGUCUAAUAAAGAAUACACCGAGGAAGAUGUCACAGACCAAAUGUCUAAAGGUUCACAUUCUAUAGAGUCAAGUGUGCCUUUUGACUUCCCUGGGCUGCGUGGUGACAUUGAGAAUAUUGAGCGAAGCUUCUUCAGUAACCUUGAUCGUUUCUUUGAAGCAGCCGAGGAGAUGAAGAAUGGCUUCUUUGGUGCGUUCAACAUUCCUCGAGUCUUUGAUGAUGACAUGUCACGCUCACCUGAGAGAGGUGGUAUUCCCAUCGAAUCUCAUCCUCCUAAAGAAGGUUCUCCUCAACCGACCAAGUCCGAUGGAGAGGUUGAUCUUUCUGGCCUGGCAAGAGAUGUUUGAAGCUAAGGAGAUCUUCUCAAGGCAUAUCAUUCACGAUUGCAGUAGAUUUGUGAAUAUGUUGCUACUAUGUUUAUAGACACCUUAGAUUUUGCUUAAAUUGAGGGGGGAGAUAUGAAUAUGCUUCCACCUCAAAUGAAUAUGUUUUGGUUCCAGCAUAACUGACUCGUUGUCUUUGCUUUAACCCAGUAUUUGACCUUUAGCGGAAUUUUUUUUUAGGUGCA